AUGGCCCCCUCCGCCACAGCCCUGGCACUGUGCGUGGCACUGCUCCUCGCCCAGCGGACGGACGGUGAGAAGCUGGCAAGCCCCACGCACGUGCGCUUUGCUGCGGAGACAGCGCAUCACCUGCUGCUGUGGGAGCCGGGACACAACCACUCCAGUGACGCCCGCUACGAAGUGGAGUACAAAGUCUACGGCACGAUUUCCUCCUGGACAGCCAUCCCGAACUGCGUGAAGAUCUCGGGGUACUCCUGCGACCUCACGUACUACACCCUGGAUCCUGCCCUGCGCUACUACGCACGGGUCAGGGCCACGUCUGGAAACCACACGUCCCUGUGGCAAAGGACCAACUCUUUCUCCCCGCGGGACGCCAGCCUGCGCCUGUCGGGCCAGAGCCUCUCUGUGACGGGCAACACCAUCCACGUGGAGCUGCAGCUGCUCCUCAGGGCGGGCAACCUCACCGUGAAAUACGACCACAUACAGAAGUACGUGAGGCGAUACCGGGUGUUCGUCAGGAGGGCACAGGACAAUCGGACGUACGAAUUGGUGGAGAAAUCCCCGGAGUUCAACAUCAGCAACCUCUUCUGGGACACAGAGUACUGCAUCAGCGUGGAGCCCGAUGUGGCCAGCCGGCACGCCCCCGCCAUGCACACCGCCGAGCAGUGCAUCACCAUCGGCAAGAGAGACAGGAGCGCAGAGCUUGUCCUGAGCAUCGUCAGCUCCUCCUUCAUCACCCUGUUGUUCUUGGGCCUCCUGGGGGCUCUGCUCGCAUGCACCUACAUAAAGAAACCCAUGAGGCCGCCCUCCGUCCUGAAGUCCUUCAUAAAGCAGAGCUCGCUCUGGGUAGAGCAGGAGUCCUCAACCUCGGGCAGCCUGGUCACAGACCCUGUCCAGCAGCUAUUCCUGUGCCAGAAGGAGCCCCAGCAGGACGGCGGCCCGGACAGCAGCACCGGCACAGCCCAGCUGCCCCUGGAGAAGGGCUGGAGGCUCCCAGAGUGGCCCGAGGACCAAGUGCGCCUGCUGGGGCCGGGGGCCACAGGGAGCAGAGACAGCAGCUGCACCAGCACCGACAGCGGCAUUUGCCUGCACACCUCCUCCUCCGAACUGAGCUACUCCUCAGGCCCCGAGCCCCAGGGCUACAAGCAGCAGCUGCCCACCGGCGACGACAGUGGCGUGGGCUUGGAGAGCACCUGCCCUUGCCCCACGUGCCCCUCCGGCAGCGGGAAUGCCAGCCCCGCGGAGGCCAGGCUGCCCCACGGAGGGGAGCUCAGCCUCUCCCUUGCCGCCGGCCAGGACAGCCAGCAAGACGUGGAGUUCCGCGGCUACCUGCAGCAAUCCAAGGGCACGGUGAAGCCAAGGCAGGACCCAGCCAAGGGGGUGCCCUUCUCGGGCUGCGCAGGAUCCCCGCAGCGCCCGGGCAGCACCGACAUUGUGCUGGAUGUAGAGUGCUCCGAGCUGGCUGUGGCCAAAGGGUACUUGAAGCAGUCCUCUCCCAAGCAUCCCUGCAGCCACGCGCAGGACCUUGCUCCACGGGGAGUCCCUCAGGAGCCCACUGUCUGGGACUUUUCCAGCCAGCUGGGGCCCCGAGCCCCCACUCUGCUGAGCUAUGGGGCUCCGGGUGCUCCCUUCACCUCCAAAGCCGGCCCCGAGCUCCUGAAAACUCCCUUUGACCUGAGCAUCUUCAACACUGACCUCCUGGGGACACUGCCCCUCAUCUCCAGCCUCAGCACCAACGACUGGCUCACGCUGCAAAUCAACCCCCUGAGCCUGCUCAAUGGGGACAGCAAGGACAGCCGCCUGUGA